AAUGUCUAAAAUAUUGAGAUAUGAUUAUGAAGAUGUUCUAAAAAGAAAUCCUAAUGACAUUAAAUCUAUGAUAGCAUUAGGUUGUCAUUCUAUUAAUUUAGGUUAAAAACUGUUGUAACAAUAAAAAAGGAAUCAGGCACUUUAUUGGUUUGAUGCAGCAAUAAGCCUAGAUCCUAAUAUGGUUGAUUCAUUAUGUGGAAAAGGUAACUGUUAAUUAAUAUAUUUAAGGUGAUGCUUUAUAGUAAUUUGAUAAAUAUUAGAAAGCCAUAUAAUGGUAUGAUCGAGCAUUGAGUAUUGUACCUAAUCAUGUACCAAGUUUAGUAGGAAAAGGUAAUUAAUACUUAUAAUUUAUAGCCAAAGCACUUUAUCAAUUAGAAUUAGAUUUUAAUAAAUUAGCCAAACGUAUUACUAUCAUUAAGUUUUAUAUAGCUAAAGUAUUAAAUAAAUAGAAAACAGAAUCUAGUCUCUUUGAAAGAGGUAUUAAAAAAUGUUAUUACAUCAUUAGAUUCAUUAGAAAAGUAAAAAUUAGAAUAGCGCUUUAAAGAAAAGGGUAUUACAUUAUAAAUAUGUAUGUUUUUUAGAAGAUCAAACAAAAGAGAAGUUAGAUAUUCGUAUGAAAGAGAAAGGUAUUAUAUUAAAUUUAUAAAUUUAGAGAAGAUUAAUAUUAAUAAAUAAAUGGAGGCUAAAUUAAAUGAUAAAGGUAAAAUAAAAAUUAAUAUAAUCUUAAGCCAAAGCAUUACAUUAAUAUAAAAUUGAAGCAUUACUUCAAGGAAAAUGUAUUUUUAUUUAACAAAUUUAGCUAAACCUAAACAUUAAAUUGAAUUAGAGUAGGAAAUAGAAUUAGAAUUGGAAUCUUAAAAGUACUUUGAUUAGGCAUUAUUGACUAAACCUAAUUAGAUAUAAGCAUUAACAGGGAAAGGUAAUAAUAUUAUUUAUUUAUGUUUAGGUCUCUGUGUAAAUACUUUCUAAAAAUAAUAUGAUGCUGAAGUUAUUAUAAAUAAAGCCUUAUCAUUACCAACUAUUUUAAGUCAUAAUAAUGAUAAAUAAUCAGAUAUUUAUGCAGCAAAAGGUAUUAUUUCAAUUUAUACUAGGUGAUAUUUUAUUAAAUCAAUAAAAAUAUGCAGAAGCCAACAGUUUUUAUGAUAAAGCCUUAGAGUUGGAUCCAAAUCAUUUAUAAAGUACAUUUGGAAAAGGUAAAAAUUUCAAAGAAGAAAGGCUAAUAUUUUAGAUUAAUUGAAAAUUAUGAUGAUGCUAUAGAAUGGUAUGAUAAAGCCAUAAAAUUAAAACCAAAUCAUAUCAAUUCCAUUUGGGGAAAAGGUUUAAUUUUUUAUAUAUUUUAAAGGUGAAUCUUUAAGAAUGUAAGAUAAAUUUAGAAAGGCCAUUGUGUAUUUUGAUAGGGCUCUAAAGUAUCAUCCAAAACAUUUCUUAUCUCUUUAUGGCAAAGGUAUCUUUUGACUUUUAAUUUGAAGGAGAAGCACUUAGAAUGCUCAAAUUUAAUUAUGAUGCUUCAGUUGAAUAUAAAUAGGCUCUUGAAUUAUAACCAAAUCAUAUAAAAGGAUUAUUUGGAUAUGGAGAAGUAUUAAAAUUAAUGAAAAAAUACUAAUAAUCUUUAGUAUGUUAUAAGAAAAUUCUGGAAAUUGAUUAAGGUAAUAUGGAGGCUGUGCAAUUAAAAUGUAAAUAUUUAAUUCUAAUUAAUUUUUAGAUGAAGUUGAACAUUGUAUUUCAUAAUUGUAAUAAAAAGAAUCAAUUAAUACAUUAAGAAAGUAGGAUCUAUAAAGCAAUAGUAAAUUUUUUGAUGGACUUUAAACCAAUACUGUAAAUUUUAGAAAAAAACUAUGA